UCCCUUUACUCUUUCCUUUGGCCCUCUCGUCGCCUCCUCCCGGGGAGAAGCCCAGGCACCCUCGACUUGGAGCAGCGACAGGUCGGCCUAGUGAAAGCGAGAGAAAAGUUCCUUUCUGGGAGUGCGGAACUGGGGCCGGGUUGGUGUGCUGCUCGGAGCAAUGGAGCCAGCCUUCGGGGAGGUGAACCAGCUGGGAGGAGUGUUCGUGAACGGAAGGCCGCUGCCCAACGCCAUUCGGCUUCGCAUCGUGGAAUUAGCCCAACUGGGCAUCCGACCUUGUGACAUCAGCCGCCAGCUACGGGUCUCGCACGGCUGCGUCAGCAAGAUCCUGGCGCGCUACAACGAGACGGGCUCGAUUUUGCCCGGAGCCAUCGGGGGCAGCAAACCCCGGGUCACCACUCCCACUGUGGUGAAACACAUCCGGACUUACAAGCAGAGGGACCCGGGCAUCUUCGCUUGGGAGAUCCGGGACCGCCUGCUGGCGGACGGCGUGUGCGACAAGUACAACGUGCCUUCGGUGAGCUCCAUCAGCCGGAUUCUGCGCAACAAGAUCGGCAACUUGGCCCAGCAGGCUCAUUACGACUCGUACAAGCAGCACCAGGCUGCGCCCCAGCCCGCGCUGCCCUACAACCACAUCUACUCCUACCCCAGCCCCAUCGCGGCGGCGGCCGCUAAGGUGCCUACACCACCUGGGGUGCCGGCCAUCCCCGGCUCGGUGGCCAUGCCGCGCACCUGGCCCUCCUCUCACUCUGUCACGGACAUCCUGGGCAUCCGCUCCAUCACCGACCAAGGAGUGAGCGACAGCUCCCCCUACCACAGCCCCAAGGUGGAGGAGUGGAGCAGCCUGGGCCGCAACAACUUCCCGGCCGCCGCCCCGCACGCAGUGAACGGACUGGAGAAGGGGGCCUUGGAGCAGGAGGCCAAGUACGGCCAGGCACCGAACAGUCUCCCAGCUGUGAGCAGUUUUGUGUCAGCAUCCAGCAUGGCUCCUUACCCUACUCCAGCUCAAGUCUCACCCUACAUGACCUACAGUGCUGCUCCUUCAGGUUAUGUGGCUGGACACGGAUGGCAACAUGCCGGCAGCACCCCACUGUCCCCCCACAGCUGUGACAUUCCCGCAUCGCUGGCUUUCAAGGGAAUGCAGGCAGCCAGAGAAGGGAGCCAUUCUGUCGCGGCUUCUGCACUCUGAUGGGAACUUCCGCUUACAGCCCCUUCACGGUCUCCUCUCUCAGCACGUCCUCCCCCUCUUCACAUCCCCACCCCUCCAGUGGUCCAGCCCUCUGGCCUCAAGAGCUGGCUUUAUGGAUUCAUAACCUCUGUGCUGAUGACACUUAAAUAUCUCUUGUCGUAAAUUCUUUUUAUUUUGCAGGAAAUCUGGCAUAACUUUAGGAUUUAAAAACAAAAGCAACUCUAAAGAUUGAAUGAGACAUUGUGUUGCCCGCACACUGUUUUAGCAUAGUGAAGAAACCUGUACCCCUCAAAGGGCUUAUGGGACUUUGUAGACCUGUCUUUGGUAAAACCACACAUGUAUAUUUAUUCUAAAUCAACCUGAACUUUUGAAACGUGCAAUUGUUGAGAUUUUGCAAAAUCAAUAAAGGAACAGAGACGUAGAAAAAAAAAAUAAGCUACGUGAUACCCUUUAAUCAAAUAAUGUGACCAGAUAAGCCUUAAUUCACCAUUGGGAAGCCAAUCAGUAACUGACUUGUGUGAUCUUUUGCUUAUUUUUAAGAGAUGACAUAUUUUGUUGAAAAAUAUGUGUAUUACUCAAGCAAUAUCGGAGAAUUUCCUCCUUUUGGUGUGUUGACUUGGUUCCUAAUACAGUAAUGUUUAUAUUUCUAUUAGCUUGUAAAUAUGGACUGUGGAUGGUACCUUUGCGUCUUCAUUCUUGGGAUAACCCUCCUCAAACACCACCCCGUCUUUUUUUUUUUU